UAGGUCUGUCCACUCUGGCGUUGAGAUUUGUGAUGUGCUGGUUUUGUUGUGAACACAAUUUUUUAAUUUUUUAAUUUGAUUUGCGAGGCUUGUGCGAGUGCGUGUCGAGGCAGCGAAGAAUCGGACGGAAGGCGGAAGUGGACGUGUAAGUGCAGCAUGCGCCAGGCGAUCUAGGCAACGGCAGUAGAACAGCAACGUUGCAGCCAGACCGAGCGCAUUCGGAGUUACCUAGAAAUGACCAUGGGCGAGCCAACCUCGUCUCUUGUUCUGCCCGUCAUACUGCGGCCUAUUUUUUCACAGCUCGAGCGACGCGACGUCGGCGCUGCCCAGUCUCUGCGCUCGGCCAUUCUCAAGUCUGAGCAGAACAAUCCGGGCUUCUGCUACGACCUCGUAGCCACGAUCGUGCGGCGGGCCGAUCUAAAUGUCAACUUAAAUGAGGCCGUGCUCCGGUUGCAGGGCAACAUUACGGAAGCGGACCUAAAUGAAUACCGCUUGACGCGCACCGAGGAGCCUUUUCAGGAGCUCAACCGCAAGUCCGUGGCCCUCAAGGUGAUCCUCAGCCGCAUCCCCGACGAGAUAAACGACAGGAAGACUUUCCUCGAGACUAUUAAGGAAAUCGCCAGCGCCAUAAAAAAACUGCUCGAUGUGGUCAACGAGAUUGGUUCGUUCAUACCGGGCGUUACAGGCAAGCAGGCUGUGGAGCAGCGGAAGAAGGAGUUUGUCAAAUAUUCCAAGAAGUUCAGCACAACGCUGAAGGAGUACUUCAAAGAAGGACAACCGAAUGCAGUAUUCAUAAGUGCACUUUUUCUAAUACGGCAAACGAAUCAAAUAAUGCUGACAGUUAAGAGUAAAUGCGAGUAGGAAAUUAAACCUUUUAAUUAUGGCAAAAUUAGUGGCAUUUUAAUUUUAUGUUUAAAUAACCAUUUAACCACAAACACACCACACACAACACAAAUCGGAGAAAACCAAGAGAGAACAUACACUUCAAUAACGAAAAUCGCCCGAGAAAAACGCCCAAGUUGUUUGAACGUAAAUGAAAAAUCUGUUGUAACUACAUAAAUAAAUAGGCCUAAUGUACAUCGUA